AUGGCCUUGAUUGAUUCUCACGUCGUACAUGUUAAGGACAUCUCGGUCAUGGAAAAUGUUGGUGAAGGAAGUGAGGUCCCAGUCUCAGACCUUAAUACUUUUGAAGGGUUUGAGAAAGGAAUUGAGGAUGCAGCUUCGAGUACAUUCUACUACUAUGUGUCCAGCCGAGAGAGGUUCAAGAAGAAACUUGAGAAAACUAAAAGAAUACCUCUUGUAUUUUGGUGUGCCUUGUUAUUAGGCUUAAUCUUUAAUAUAAUCUUCAUGGGAGAAUUGAUCUUGAAUAGGGGAGACUCUCCGACCUCUCCAACUUCUAACAAAGAAGCAAAGAUGUAUCUUCCUGGUUUUCAGCGAGUGGUUGUCAACGAUAGGCUCAUUAUUUACGAGAGAAUUGGUCAACGAGUUGAAUUCAAUCAAAGGCUGAAUUGGUACCCUCAAUAUAGAUUGCAGCACCCAGAGCUCUUCUUGCCAAGAAACUCUUUCCAAGACGAACAACAACAACAACAACAACAUUUUGAAAGCAACAGCAACCAACCAAAGUUACUCUUCGCCAUUCAUUCGUAG